CUCCGCGAAUGAGCAUCACCGGGGAGGCGUUACCGACAGACAGCCGCCUGUCACGGUUAACGGUGACGGUGCUGUUUCUCUCCCGGAGUGUCAGUCUGCUCAUCCGAGGGAGCUCCGUCUUCAUCUGAGCUGCAUCCUCUGUUUGCAGACAUGAGCGGAAGAGUCGGAGACCUCAGUCCUAAACAGGCUGAAGCGCUGGUGCAGUUUCGAGAGAGAAUACAAGACAUUCUUCCUCAACUUCCUGCACAGCAUGACCACUUCCUGUUACGUUGGCUCAGAGCCCGAAACUUCAAUGUGCAGAAGUCGGAGGCCAUGCUGCGAAAGCAUUUGGAGUUCAGGAAACAGAUGAAAGUGGACACAAUACUGACAGACUGGCGUCCACCGGAGGUUAUAGAGAAGUAUCUGUCAGGAGGGAUGUGUGGUCACGACCGCGAGGGCAGUCCCAUCUGGUAUGAUGUCAUCGGACCAGUGGACCCUAAAGGCCUCUUCCUGUCCGCCUCCAAGCAGGACUUCAUCAAGUCCAAGAUCAGAGACUGCGAGCUCCUGCAGAAGGACUGUAACGUCCAGUCGCAGAGGCUUGGGAGGAACGUGGAGUCGAUCACGAUGAUCUACGACGUCGAGGGUCUGGGUCUGAAGCACUUAUGGAAGCCGGCUAUAGAAACAUUUGGAGAGAUCCUCCAGAUGUUUGAAGACAAUUACCCAGAAGGCCUAAAGAGGCUUUUCGUCAUUAAAGCACCCAAACUCUUUCCUGUGGCCUACAACCUCGUGAAGCACUUCCUGAGCGAGAACACGAGGCAAAAGAUCUACAUCCUCGGGGCUAACUGGCAGGAGGUUUUACUGAAGCACAUUGAUGAGGAGGAGCUGCCGGUGAUAUACGGCGGCAAACUGACGGAUCCUGACGGAGAUCCACGCUGUCGCACCCGGAUAAACCACGUCGGCCCUGUUCCCCCCUCCUACUACGUGCGGGACCAUGUUAAAGUCGAUUACGAGAAAUGUUUGACCGUCAGCCGAGGUUCCUCCCAACAGCUGGACUACGAGAUCCUGUUCCCGGGCUGCGUUCUCAGGUGGCAGUUUGCCACCGAGAGCGCAGACAUCGGUUUCGGGGUGUUUCUGAAGACCAAAAAGGGCGAAUGGAAGAAGGCGGCUCAGAUGCAGGAAGUCGUGCCCAGCCAGCGCUACAACUCCCACUUGGUGCCCGAGGACGGAUCGCUGACCUGCGAACGCCCAGGAGUGUACGUUCUGAGAUUUGACAACACCUACAGCAUCUUCCAGGCCAAAAGAGUCAGCUUUACCGUGGAGGUCCUGCUCCCGGACCGCCUCCAGUCCCCACGGACCAACGGGGAGUCCAAGAACAACCUACAAGCUGAGAGCGACGGCCAAUCGUAACCUCGCGGAUGACGCGGCGUGCCGUCAGAUGAGUCACGUUUAGUGAAGCACAGCCUGAGAGACUGACAGGAACUGCAACACGCUGCCAAAACACGAGUACAUAACCAUGUUUGACCCCUUUAAUCACCUCUAACGACCAACGUAUUCACCUCAUCGCCAUCUCCAAACGUUUAAAUAUGGCCAAAAGUAUGUAGACACGUGAUUUCGAUCUAAUUUUUUUAAUGACUUGAAUAUUUCCUGCAUGUUGCAGCAGUAGUUUUGGAAGUUCAAACCUUAAAAUUGUGAGCUAAAAAGCUUUGGUGAAUCAAAGCAGGGACACAUAAUGUGGCCAAAAGUAUGUGGACACCCCCUAUACAUAUAAUUUUGCAUACAUACAGUCUGAUUUUUCACAUCUUGCUGCUACAUCAUUGUGCGGCAACAGUUUUUGGAAAGUCCUUUAAGGUUUCACGGUGAUGAAAUGCCCCCGAGCAUAAAACCAGGUUCCAGUUUGGUUUUCCCAGUUUGGUUUGGGAGAACUUGAUUUUAACCAUGACUCAACAUGUUUGGUUAAACUGGAGCACUAACUCAUCAGCAAACAUCAGCAUCAGACUUUAUUUACGCUCUUAAUCUCUGCAGUCAGGUUCCAUAAGGGGCCGCGUCCACCAAAUGUGUGUUUUUUUAUUUAGCUGAAAACGUCAGGCUCUCACCAGAAAACGCCCAGCUGGGAGCGUUUGAGAGCACUUUGGUGACAAAGCGUUUUUUGAGCUGAGAAGCUUCGUUUACCUCAGAAAAAUCACGUUCGUGAACAUGGCCCCUAAUGAUGUGGAAGCCAGAAACCAGAGGAGUGAAGGCCGUUGAAGCUGCGGAUUUAUACUCAGUUUUGGGCAACCCAAUCGCCACAGACAAUGUUCGCAUUGUACGUUUCUGCAAACCAUGGAUACAAUCGUACACUUUUUUUGUAGUGGAUAUGUUAAAACUUAGUGUUUCUCAACUAUGCUGGUGAAGAUGUGGUUAGGUUUGGGUACAAAAAUCACUUAGUUAAAAUCAUGUUUUGGUCAUAGACUGUUUAAAUUAUGGAUGUAGCUACCGUGACAUCAGUCUUUGGUUGCUGUUUUGAAGUCUCAAGUUUCUUUGGAGCCAGAAGCGACUGUUUUCGGAUGAGACGUUGGAGGUGUGGAGGAGCGAGAGGUGGAUCUGACUCACAGACAGCAGCGACCAGCUGCAAACGGUUGAGUUAUUUAAAAAUUCACCACCUUUACAGUCACACAAAUGUUGAAAUAACCUAUAAAGACCAAAACUGUUC